AUGCCUCAAUCACUGGCCUUGUUCUUUUUGAACCCGCUGAAUAGGGCUGCUUAUGAGGUGGCCGGGAACGAUUCAAAUAAGCAUCUUCUGUGGGAGCCGCGUGUCUUUGGAAUCGGGCACGUUGCGUCCAAAUCCGGGAAUCCCACCGUUUUAGCCACCAUCGGCCGCGAUGGUGAUAUUUACAUCCCAGACGAGAACAUCUCGAGAGUGCAUUGCUCGUUCGAGCUCGAUGCCGACACCGGCAUCGUCAUGUUGUACGACAGAUCCAACAGCCAGACCACCCAGACGGUGGGCAACGACGCCUUUCCGUUUGAAUUCGGACGUCCUCGCAAGGUUGUUGUAAUGCCAGACAUAAAUACGACCUUUGGCAUCGGCGGCAUACGGAGUGAUAAGUACCAAUUUACCAUCGUGUGGCCCGACGAUACUGCGGCGCUUCAGCAACGAAAAUCGGCCAUGCUACAGCCGAAUCCGCGGCUUGCCCGGACACUGGACUUGCUCCGUGACACCGCCCUGCCCACAGGUAUGCUGACCCGAAUCCACACGCCUGGCGGUCCUUCGCCGGAUACAAUUCGCUUCAAGACGAUUGGCGAAAAGCUCGGCUCUGGUUCAUUUGGUGAAGUUAGCAAGGCGGUCAAUGUCGACACGGGGCAACUGCUGGCUGUCAAAGACAUCAAGCAGGCGGGGAGACUUCAAAACCCCCGGGAGUGGUUGUAUCUAAAGCGAGAAAUCCAGGCGCUCUCUUCGAUAAGUCAUGAACACAUCGUUGAGUUCCUGGGGUUUCAAGACUCGGACCAACCGGUAGCUCAUAUCUUCAUGGCGCUAAAAACGGGUACCCUUCACAGUCUAGUCACACAAAGUCCUGGAUCGUCUGUUGACAAACUGGCCACCACAACGCUGCACCACAUGUUGAAGGCUCUCGACUAUCUCGCCGUGAAGGGACUGAUCCAUCGGGACCUGAAACCAGAGAACAUUCUCUAUGAUCCUACACCGGACGGGAAAUACCAUUUCUGCCUUGGCGAUCUCGGCUUCUGCAACUCAGCACGUGUCGCUGUGACCCAUGUGGGCACACCGGACUUCACUGCGCCAGAAAUCAUUUACGAAGAGCCGCAGACGCCCCGAGUGGACAUCUGGUCAUUGUUUGUGACCCUUCUGUGGGUGUUGGAUGUCGAUGGCUUUCGGGGCAUUGUGGAUGGGCGUCGGCCAAGGCAGGAGAGUAUCCGGAAGACGGUUCUUCAUAUCGCGGCCACGAACCCGCACAUCUCGCCCAUCAGCGCCAUGGGCCGGCGGGAUCCCGACAAGAGGGCAACGGCAGCCCAGAUGCUCGUCAAGUGCUUCAACGGCGACGGGCUCAGCACCAACCCGCGUCAGAUUGGCCCAAUUGCCCCGCUCGUCGACACCGUGACCGUCCCAACAACGCCCGUCAAACCACCACCAGCGAGAAAUGCACUACCAACCCCCGUCGCCACGGCGACAAGAACUCCACAGACACCAGACCCGUUCUACCGCGCCCGUCCGGCCACGCGUGGCCGGCCGCCUCGUCUUCGGGCAACGGCGGCCGGUGGGAUCCCUGCCACGACCACCACGACCACCACAGCUGCAACAGCCGCCACGAAUGCUACCGGCGCCGCUCCGAACCGGGACUAUUUUGCAUUCCGUACCCGUGCUACCCUGCGUCGUGUCCGAACGCCAGGAGCUGCCUCGCCGUGGCCGUAUCCGCUGGCGAGGCCGCCGCGGCAGCCCAAGCACGCCGCCGCACCGCCAAAUCGCGGCAAUGACAAAACAAUACACGCGUUUCCCGUCAAACAACCUGAACCGAACGUUCCCCGGCCCUGUACAAUGCCAGGAGCGUUUGUGGAAGAGGACGGAACGCAGUGA